AUGUGCUUCAAGCUGGCGGACCCACGUGGACCGCAUGGCGGCGGUGGAGGCGCUGACUGGCCAGUGAAGAGCGGCGAGCAAGACGAGGGAGCGGCGUCGGCCAGGAUGGCAAUGGCGGCCGGCUCCGGGGAGCCCCUGUCCGACUACCACCAGGCGCAUGAGAUGUCAACAAUGGUGUCGGCGUUGACCCAGGUCGUGGCGGGCGGCCCGUGGGGUGAGGCGCCCGAGAUGGGAAGUUACCCCGGCACGCCAUCGCCGGAGUUCGCAGCGUCGGAGCAGAGUUCGGACACCCAGAGCGAGAGCGCGGCGGCCAUGGAGGAGCACCACUCCGCGGCGUCCAACACGGAGGGGCCCGACAUUCUGCGCCGGCGGUACCGCGGGGUGCGGCAGCGGCCCUGGGGCAAGUGGGCGGCGGAGAUCCGGGACCCGCACAAGGCGGCGCGCGUGUGGCUCGGUACCUUCGAGACCGCCGAGGCCGCGGCGCGCGCCUACGACGAGGCCGCGCUCCGGUUCCGCGGCAGUCGUGCCAAGCUCAACUUCCCCGAGGAAGCGCGCUUACACCCGGCGUCCUCGGCGGCGGCGGCACCGACCCCAGGGCCGGCGGCGGCGGCCUCGACCUCUCCGGCCGUCUACCCCGGCGCCGCCCAGGGCUCGGACUACCUGCGGUACCAGAUGCUUCUGCAAGGGGCCACCAGCAACCAAAGCACACUCCUUCCGUUCUACGGCGGCGACACCAUGAGCAGCUCUUACGGUGGCGUCAUGAGCAAUCCUUACGGCGGCGGCGGCGGCAACACGAGUGGUUUCUUGGGCUCCUACUACUCGUUCCCUACCUCCUCUGUUUCGGUGGCCACAGUGCCGUCCUCUGCUUCCUCUGCUUCGGGGCACUACUACUCGUCGUCGCAAGUCUCACACCAGAGCGAGGCGGCGGCGGCGGCGGAGUGGAACUGGGAGAGCGCGCUGGCCUCCUGGCCCGACUACGAGCAGUAGAGACCCUCUUCUGUUUGGAAUAAUAAGGCGAGUACGGCGGGGAUGGAGGCGUGAGGAGAGUGCAGAAAAUCAAAUCAAGCUGUGUUUGUUUCAUGUAUGAUAGCUAUGCGGUCUUCGUUUCUUGAUUAGUUUUGGCGACGUGGUCAUCUUCAUUGUUUUCCUUUAAUUUUUGGUUGCAAAGAGAUGGAGGCUCCAGUGAUGUAUACAGUAGCCAUUUGGGCUUGCACAAUGUAUCAGCAUUUGGGAGGCAUAAUGUUGUUGACAGCGCUCAAAAUCA